GGUUCCUCUCUAACCACCAGUAAGCCAAGAAAAAAAAAAACACAGGCACAACUUCUCUCUCUCUCUCUCUCUCUCUCUCUCUCUCUCUCUCUCUCUCUCUCUCUCUCCCCCUCACAGCUCUGAAAAAUGGGUUGUGGGAAGUCAAAGGAUGCCGUCGCCACUGAGAACACCAUUACCAAAAGCAAGAGCAACAAGAAAGAAGAUGUUGCUGUAGAAACCACCACCAAUGGAAACACCACCACCCCAAACACAUUGGUGGAAGAAAAAAGAGAGAGCAAAAAGGAUGAAGUGAUCAACAAGGCGGUGGAAAAAGUGGGAGAAGGUGGUGAGAUAACAAAGGAGGAAUUUGAGGGAGGGGCAAAAGAGGAAACGAAGAGUGAAGAUAUUGUUGCAACAGAUGAGAAGAUUAUUGGGGUUGGUGGUUCUGAGAAAUCAAAGGAUGUUGUGGAUGAAAAGGGAUUGGGUGAAGAGGCGAAAAUGGAGACGAAAACAAACGGUGUUGGAGAGCUGGUGAAAGAGAAGGAAGAGAAAGAGGAAGCAGCGGUGCCAACCGUUGCUGCUGAAACUCCACCCGCUGCUAUCUCUGCUGCCACCCCCACAGCCGCUAGUGAGGAAGAGAAAACUCUUGUUUCUAAUCAGGAAAUUGUGCCUGGUUCACCAGCAGAAGAGCCCAAAACAAACUGAAGCACAAACUGAACCAUACAAGAAGCCUAUUCUUUGCCUAUACAUAUCCAUAGAGUUUCAUAUUUCCAGUUCACAUGUUGAAGAAUUGUAUUGUUUCCCCUUUAUUGCUUGAACACAUGUAAGGGCUGUCCAAGAAAAAUCUCACAUAUUCAAAAUAGAAAUAUAUAUUUUAUAGUAAUCGCAGGCUUACUGAUACAUGUAACUGGAUAUCAACUUGCAGCUCGACUAAACCCGUAGCUCCGAAGUUAUUGACGGAAAAGCUUCCAAUAACCCUAAGGGUUUUUGUUAGCGGUGUGAGCACCAAACCAACGAGCUUGGAGGCGUAAACCCUCGCUUGUCGCCAUACUCCUACCCAGCCAAACCCUUGCGUUGGGGAGUUGCUAUACAUUGCAACCCAACAGGAUCAUAAAAUUGGAUUGCAAACCUCUCUUUCACCAAAAAAAACCAACAGCGGUGUCAAAGCAUUAUGUUCAUGAACUUAGUGAUAUUCGUCAAGAGAUCCAACAUCAGAAAACUCACAAAACAUGAUCGAGAUAACACUUCCUAAAAUUUACAAGAUGCUAUAACAAUUACAAGAAAGCAGAACCCUACUUUUGGAGAAUCAAGAAUGAAACAUAUGAAAUGGAGUCCCGAUUCUCAUCAUAGACCUGAUAGGUGGAUGAAUUCCAUCGCCUUCUGUGAUUAGUUACAACAGCCAGGAACAAGCUCAUUGUUUUAACCAGUCACUCAGAAUUGUAAAAUUCAGUAGGCAUUAAUCGGGCGGAGGGGCACCUAGAGAGAGAGAGAGAGAGAGAAGCUGGAUCCCGGUGUAACAUUAAAUUAUCUCCAAAUCUACACUAACCGCAUUGAUUGAGAGAGAGAGAGAGAGAGAGAGAGAGAGAGAGAGAGAGGAUACAUACAUACACAAUAUUGUCAGCAUACGUAUAUUCACAAGGAUGAAAUGUACACGACACAAAUUGUACAUUAGUUAUAUACAGAAUCCCCAUCUCAGGCCAUGCAUUGAAAAUCAUCAACUACACCUCCUAAAGGGGCUCGAAACAAAGAAUGCUAAGUUUAUUGAGUUCUAAAGAGAGUUGAUCGGUGCGCUUGGUUCAGACUUCAUAUUCACAACAGACGAGGAAGGAUUGCGGGACAAGAUUAAAUUACCCGCUUGAUCUUGAGUGCUGUACGCGGCCAAUCGAGAAUCCAUGACAAUUCUGCACACGUCUGAUCCCAGGGCUCCUAAUUUAACGCCGUAAUAUUCUAAAUGGUCUGAAAUGCUGUUCCCAACC